GACCUCACGUCUAACCUAAUACACGCCAUGCGUACACCACCUUAUCCGGACUGUGCAAUCUGCUUCAGCGGUAUACAUCCUGCCCAGCCAACGUGGUCGUGCUCUCCGUCUCUUAUUUUACCUCAGGGCACAGAUAGUCCCCAACAGAAUACACCAGACAAUGGAACCGCGCAGUGCUGUUGGACGACAUUCCAUUUGAAGUGUAUACGCUCAUGGGCUGCCAAGAGUGUGAAAGAUCUAGAGGAUGCCUGGCGUGCGCGGGGGGAGACGCGCAAGGGGGAAUGGAGAUGUCCCGGCUGUCAGUUCAAGAGAGAAGCGGUGCCAACUGUGUACAAAUGUUUUUGUGGAUUCACACCUGAUCCCAAACCUCCUCGGCUAGCCACUCCACACUCCUGCGCAAACUCAUGUUCACGCGCUCGCCUUUGUGGACAUCCAUGUGCCCUUCAAUGCCAUCCGGGCCCAUGUCCGCCGUGCACUGCGAUCAUCCACCAGCCAUGUUACUGUGGAAAGCAAGUUCAAUCAUUCCGGUGUUCACGCACCGUAGCAAGCAAGCUGGGCCCAGAUUCACGCCGCGAUGAAGAUAGAUGUUGUGGUAACGUCUGUGGCAAGAAGCUUGGCUGUGGAAAUCAUACGUGCGCUGAGCUUUGUCAUGAGGGGGACUGCGCCCCAUGUAAGAUUACCGAUAUGGCGAAGUGUUAUUGUGGCAAAGUAGAACAGGAAAUGGGAUGUGGAGAGGGACAGGAGCAAGAGUGUUUUGUGGACGGUGAGCAAGGGCAAUCUUGGAAAGGCAGGUUUGAAUGCACGAAGGAUUGCGAAAGGUUUUUUGAUUGCGGUGUGCAUAAGUGUUCAAAGACAUGCCAUCCACCUUCAUCCAGUCCCCCUCCUUGUCCCCAAUCUCCUUCUCUGGUGACUCAUUGCCCGUGCGGGAAACAUGCCCUUUCCAAAUCAUCCGCAAACUUCUUUCCUGCUUCCAGCAAGUUAUCUCGAUGUUCGUGUUCAGAUCCAAUCCCUACGUGCACGUCGAGCUGCACGAAGGCCCUCUCAGGUUGCAACCACGUCUGCGCUUCUCCAUGCCAUACCGGACCCUGUCCCCCUUGCACGAUGAGGAUAGUGAGACCGUGUAGAUGCGGGUCUACAACGAAGGAUGUAAUAUGCUCCGAUUUACGGGCUCACGUCGGCGGUGAUAACGAGAUAUUGUGCGAUAGAGCCUGUGUGGCUUUACGAUCAUGCGGACGACAUCAGUGUAACAGGAUAUGCUGUCCGUUGGCUCCUCUUGCGAUUACUGGUAAAGGCAAAGCAAAGAAAAGAGCUGGUAGAGAGGCGGACGUGUUAGACGCAAUGGAUGAGGGAGGCUUGCACGAGUGUGAUCUCGUAUGUGGGAAGAUGCUAGGGUGCGGGAAUCAUCCGUGUGAGCAUCGUGACCAUAAAGGUCCGUGUCCACCUUGUUUCAUGAGUUCGUUCGAAGAGGCGGUAUGUCAUUGUGGCCGUACUGUAGUCGAACCUCCUAUUCCAUGUGGUACGCGUAUCGAUUGCAGAUAUCCGUGUUCGCGCCCGCCUCCCGCGUGUGGUCAUCCGCAUACCCUGCAUUCCUGCCACGAGGAUCCUUCACCGUGUCCGCCAUGCCCAUUUUUAACCAAGAAGCAGUGUGCUUGUGGUAAGAAGACGGUAGACAACGUUAAAUGCUCCCAGAAGCGCGUGUCUUGCGGACAGACAUGUGGGAAACUCCUAGGAUGUGGAUUCCAUCACUGCGACAAACUUUGUCACGGGGACGAUUGCGGCCCAUGCAAUAUUGCCUGUGGCAAGCCUCGUAAAUUAUGUCUUCCAGUACAUCAUCCGUGCACCCUGACUUGUCAUGCACCAGCUUCCUGCUCUGAGAUGGACCCCUGCUUAGCCCUCAUUACUUUAACCUGCCCUUGCGGACGCAUACGCUCAUCCGUAGCGUGUGGACGUAGCACGUCCAGCCCUGCAGGACGGGAGGCCCGCGACCAGUUGAAAUGUUCGAAUGAAUGUCAUAUCGCGAAGCGGAACGCAAGAUUGGCGGAGGCGUUGGGCAUCGACCCUGAGAAGAAGGAACGAAAGCAAGAAGUGGUGUACACUGAUAACCUUGUCGCUUUCGCAAGGACAAAUUUCAAGUUUCUGACCUUGGUAGAGAACACUUUUUCCACUUUCAUCAUGUCAGAGAAGAAAACUCAAGUGUUACCGCACAUGCCUCCCGAGCGGCGGAGUUUUGUCCAUAAUCUUGCAAUGCUGUAUCGCAUGGAUACACAAAUGGUGGAUCAAGAGCCAAAUCGCAGCGUACAGCUCAUCAGGCGCAUUGACACUCGCAUCCCUACGCCCCUUCUCUCCGAGUCACUGACGUCUACCCUAGGCAAACUGGCUAAUUUGCGUGGUGGUUCACCAGUCGUUCGUACUCCGACGCCACAUACCACUUCCGGCUCAAGUUCUCGUACGCCGCAUGCCCCGGUUGGAAGGUGGACUUCUGUGAUUUCUGGUGCAGGCCCCAGUGUCAAUACCAAUACAGCUGCGUCUUCAUCAUCUGGGAGUGUUGGUUCCGCCUGGCGGAAGCCGCCUCCUGCUACUCAUGUCGCUGCUGCGCCACAGUCUUCUCAAGCUGUGGUUUCUUUACCGGUGGAGAAUGUGGAUGUUCCAGAAAGCUGGGAAGAUGAUGUGUAGUCUGGUUGUUGCUGUAUUAAAUUAAUUGGCAAUUUGAAUUAUUGGUAGAUGUCGAAUGACGCCGUA